CCUGCUCAGUAGAUGCCGAUCUGCUACCUUAGAGCCAAAACUUAACCCCAGAUCUGAUCGUUUAACCAGAUCAGUGACAAAUGGACCACUACCACCUUUAGGAGCUGUUACGGACAACAAUCUUUCUUUUAUGUUCUGACCAAAGCCUGGAACAACAUUCCACAUCACAUCAGGACCAAAACAUCACCAGGACUGUUUACAACCACUCACAACCGCCAUUUGGUGGAUGGUUACCACUGUAACCACUGACGUGGGCCGACAGCCUCCUCCAACUGCUGCCGGAUCACUGACGUGGGCCGACAGCCUCCUCCAACCACUGCCGGAUCGCUGAUGUGGGCUGACAGUAAAUGAGUGUGUCAUCUGCAUACAGCAGACCCAGUACUGAUCCCUGGGGCACUCCCAAACUAUUGACACCUAAUGACGAUUUCAUAUUAUUGAUGUGAGAAAAACCUGAUAAACAGGAUUUUUCUACUCUAACACACUGAUUGAUCAUCUGUAGCUGAGAAGCUUUGUAAGAAGAACUGAAUGAAGUGAAAAUCAGAUCCAGAAACACUGCUCCUACCAUCCCUCCUUUAUCAGAAGCAGCUGAUCAAUCGAGCUGAUUGAUCUCAUCAGGAAUGAUUUCUAAUAUUCUGUAUUAACACCUGGAUGAUGUCAGACUCCCAACACACCUGUUGUCCUCGUACCCUCUCCUGUCUUCAGGGUAAUUAGCCUGAGCUGCAGCUGUGAGUGGCGGCCCCCAGGGACCCCACUCCACCCCAGGGUCCGACUCCCCUGCUCUGCUCAGGUGAAACAACAUCAACACCUGAACAGAUGAGCUCUUCUGGAACAACAGGUGAGCUCUUCUGGGACAAUGUCUAAGAUGUUUUUUUCAGAGACAAUUGACCCGAAUCUGGACCAGAACCUGGACCUGAAUCUUGCAGCUCCUCAUGCAGCUCCUCCUCCUCCUGCUCCUCUGGGAGGUCAUGUUGUUGUGGAGGAAACUCUGUGAGGACUGAAGCAGCAGAGGGAGGGAAGAUCAGGCAGAAGAAAACGAGGAAGAGGAGGAAGAGGACGACAGAGGUUUCAGGCUGAGGAGGAUGGCCGAGCGUCCAGCAGCAGGAGACGUCAGCCUGCAGGACGUCCUGAGGACAGACGGAGUUCAGAGGACAGAGACCAACAUGAUCCGAGUGUUCGUCAGCUCCACGUUUACAGAUAUGAGCACCGAGAGGAAAGUCCUGAUGGAGAGCGCCUUCCCAGAAGUCCAGUCCUUCUGUCGUGGCCUGGGUCUGAUUUUUGAGGUAGUGGACCUUCAUUGGGGCUUACGAAACAUCCCGUUUGGAGACCAUGAAGCCUGUGAGGUCUCACUGCAGGAGAUCCAGACCUGUAAGAGGAUUUCAGCUGGUCCAACUUUCAUUGCCCUGCUGGGGAACAGGUACGGACACCGAGCUCUUCCUCGACUCAUCCCAGAAAAACUGUUUGAGGUUCUUCUGUCCAAACUCUCAAAAAAUCCUGAAGGCAUCACGCAGCUCCAACGGUGGUUCUUAAAGGACAACAAUGCUAUCCCGCCCACCUACGUCCUUCAACCAAUCACAGCUCACUUCCCCCACUACAGUGACCUUAGACCUCAGUGUGAGGAGCAGCACGACAGCGAUGUCCUCUCCUGGCGUCUCACAGAGGGUCAGCUGUUGCAGCUCCUACGCUCAGCGGCGACUGAUGCCGAGGCCACCGCCGACAUCACAGCUGAGCAGAAACGAGACUUCUACACAUCAGUCACUGAGCAGGAGGUCCAGCAGGGUCUGUGGAGAGACGGCCAGGAGUCUGCUGCUCUGCUCUUCAUCCGAGAGACUCCCCGCCAGAGAAAGAGGGAUGGACCUAAACGUCUCGUCAGGUUCAUGGACGUGACCGCUGACGGGCUGCUGGACGCUGAAGCUCGGGAGCUACUCGCCGGGCUCAAGUCACAACUCAACGCCACCUCGCAGAAGAUCCUUAACCUGCACAGCGUGGAGCUCAGCAGAGGAAGCAUCGACCCGAAACGCAGAGAGCAUGCUCAGUACCUGGACAGCCUCUGCCAGCAGCUCGUCUCACAGAUGAAGAACCAGAUCAGAACCAUGCUGGACUCAACAGCCCCGGGGAGCAGGAGGAUCUGGGGAAGUACCGAGGAAGACUGGAUGGUUGAAGAGAUGAGGCAACAUCUGAGCACCAAGCUGUGUGGAGACCUUCAUGGCAGAGAGGGGCUGCUAGGUAAAAUCCACCUCGCCAUGUGGGAGUCGACCAAAGCCUGGCAUGGCCCGCUGGUGGUCCACAGCGCCGCCGGCAUGGGGAAGACCGCCCUGCUCUGCAAAGUGGCACAGGAGAUCCAAAGGGUCAUGGAGGGCAGGGCGACGCUGGUGAUCAGGCUGCUGGCGUCCCGUCAUCCUCAGAGACCUGACAUCGACCACGUCCUCCGCAGUGUCUGCCUGCAGGUGAGCCUGGCCUGCGGUCUGGCUCCGCCCCCCCAGGUCAAGACCUGCUCUCACCUGGAGCUGCUGCAGCUGUUCAAGAACCUCCUGGAGGAGGUUUCUCAUCAAGGGAACACUUUGCUCAUUGUCCUGGACUCUCUGGACCAGCUGGCAGAUCGACAUCACGCACAGAAGCUCCGGUGGCUGCCAGCCUAUGUCCCGCCCAACGUACACCUGCUGGUCUCCAUGGACACCUGCAGUGAGGUGUUCGCUAGCAUGCGGCUAAAGAUGGACUCUUUGGACAGCUUCUUUGAGGUGGAGCGUUUAUCUCAUGAUGACAGCGAACACAUCAUGGAAUCGUACCUGCGAGCGUCUGAACGAACACUUACCGGCGAGCAGAGAGACGCUGUCCUGCAGAGCGUCCAACCGACCGGAUGUCCUCUCCACCUGAAACUGAUUCUGUCUGCAGCCAAACGCUGGUCGUCCUUCACCCCCUGGACCGAGCUGGGUACCAGCACACAGGAAGUGAUGUCACAGCUUCUGCUGAGGCUGGAGGAGAAACAUGGGCAGGAGCUGGUGGGCGGGGCCUUGGGAUACAUCGCUCUAGCAAGGGACGGUCUGCUGGAGGCGGAGCUGCGUGAUGUCAUGUCCUUGGAUGAUGACAUCAUUAGUGAGGUGUACAGGUACUCGCUCCCCCCGACCCCCUCCUUGAUCCGUCUGCCCCCCUUCCUCUGGGCCAGGCUCAGACAUGACCUCGAGGAUCAGCUGGAGGAACACUGGACCUGCGGUGUUGCUGCCAUCUCCUUCAACAGCCGGCGUCUGUCUGAGGCAGUUACAGUCCGCUACCUAUCAUCAGACCGACGGGGGCGGAGUCAUAGGAUCCUGGCAGAGUACUUCCUGGGUCGGUGGUCAGACAAACUGAAGCCAGUGAGUCUGCCAGGUCUGUCGCUGCUGCUGUCCGACAGGAAGGUCCCACCCCAGCCUCUGUGGUUUGCUCCUGGAUUGGCUAAUGCCAGGAAGCUCCAGGAACUGCCCUAUCACCUGCUGCAUUCUGGGCUGUGGGAGGAUCUACGACAGGAAGUCAUAAGCAGUCCUGAGUGGUUGUUCUGUAAGAUUCGGGUCUGCGGUGUGUCCAGUGUGAUCCAUGACUUGGAUCUUUGCUCCAGGUACAUGGACUGUGCUGAAACCGGACUGAUCAGAGACGCUCUGGUCCUGAUCCAGACCAGCCUGGACUUCGGGGACAGUCACAUGGAUGUUUCUGUGUUUUACACCGAGCUGCUGGGCCGUCUAUCUUCCCUAAGCUCCGCCUUCCCCACUGUGAUUGGCCGGCUCUGCAGCCAGUGUGAAGAAUGGUUCAGAACGUGUCCGGACCCGGUUCUUAUCCCGAAGUGCAGCUUCCUGCAGCAGCCGGGGGGGGCGUUGCAGCACACGCUGACUGCUCUGCACGGAGGUGUGGUCUGCAUGGACGUCAGCACGGAGCUGCAGCUGCUGGUUGGAGGUUCGGAUGACGGCGUAGUGGCGGUCUGGAGCCUCACGGACAAACAGCUCCUGCACGCUCUGCUGGGUCACACAGCGGCCAUCUUGUCUGUGAAGGUGAUUGACAGCUCCGCUCACUGCAUCUCAUUGGCUGCUGAUGGCUCUCUGAGGAGGUGGAGCCUGGUGAAAGGCCAACAGCUGUUCUGCGUCCAGGAGGCGGCCCCAAUUGGCUCCACCCCCUCAUCAGUUCACCUCCACCUGUGGAAAGAGCUGCUGUUUGUUUACACCAGGACACAGGUGAAGGUGUGGAGGCAGGAUGGGGCAGAGCUCCACCUCAGCAGUGAUGACAAGGCCUCACAGAUUCUGGGGGUUUUGGGAGGAUCCGUGGUGUCUCUGUGGGACUCGGGUCGGGUCAGAAUUUCUCAUCCGCUGAAGAAGAAUCGACCUGUGGAGACUCAGCUGGAGGACCUGAGGAGUCUGAACCUGGUGGCCUCUGUGAUGUUGCCCCAACGUGGGAAAGUGUUGGUGGUGUCGGAGGAAGGAUUCCUUCACCAGAUCUGCAGGACUGGUGAACACACAGCUGCUGAGUUUCCUCUGCGUCCAUCGUUGCUGUUGGUUACGGAGGGAUGAAAGGUUUCUCCUGCAGGAUGUGAGCAGACUUUGAGCCUCUUCAACAUUAACAGCGACUGUGUGGAGAAGUUCCUCGAUCUCCAUCAUGACGACAGCGUUUUAUCAGCCUGUGUCUCCUCGGACCGCCGCCGGCUCGCCUCCGGAGCUGCAGAUCAGCUCAUCCGAGUCUGGUCGGUGACCACUGGAGAGCUGCUGGACACUCUGAGUGGGUCCCACGUUCCCGUCAUAUCCAUGAUGUUUUACAACAGCUUCGUGGUUUCAGCCUCGACGGCCUCGGCCUCCAUCUGGCUCUGGAGUCUUGAAUACGACACCCGCAACAAAGCUCCUGCCCACAUCCCUGCAGGCUCCGCCCAUGUCGCCAUCACCAGAGAUGGUGAUCAGGUUUUCUAUGUCCACCAUCAGAACCAGAGGGAGGUGAUGGUCUGGAACAGCAUCACAGGUUCCCGGUCUGAACGCCUGGCCGUCACUGCUGAGGUUUCCUGUCUGGAGUUCGCUCAGCACAACGUUUACCUGCUGUGUCUGACCAGCGGCACCGUCCUCAUCUACCCGUUAAGCCUGCCCCAGGAGACGCUCUGUAUCCCCCCCCCAGAGAGCCUUUCAGAGGUGCUCUGCCUGGCCAUCAUCUCUCAGGAGAAGCACAUGGCAGUGGCCUAUGAGACUCAGUGGUGUCUGUUCGAGAUCACCACCAGAGACAGCUUCCUCCACGGGGUGGAGGGACCCUUGGAGAGGCUCCCCUUGUCCCUCCUGCAUGCCCCCCUGUCCUGCAUGGCGCUGCUGCCUGACCGCACCGCUGCUGUAACGGGACGGGAUGGCGGCGAGGUGAAGUUACAUGACUUCAGCGGCGGCACCAGCGUCGACCUGCAGCUUCAUCCCAGCAGAGUGACCUGUGUGACGGCCAGUAACCUGGGGACACAUGCCCUGGUGGGCUCUGAGGACAUCGUGCAGAGGCUGUGGGCUCUGAACCCACUGGCUGACCACACCAUGGAGUACCAGGGUUUCUUCUUCGAGGGCGUCGUCUCAGCUGUGUUCUCAGAAAGUGAUCAGUUUGUCUUCACAGGAUCUCAGGACAGAACCAUAAAGGUCUGGGAUGUGGUCACAGGAAAGUUGCUGUAUGUUCAGGACUUCCACUCUACCGUGAUCCGGAUGGUGACCUUCAGGAACGGCUUCGUGGGUUUAUCCCGGCUCGGUUAUGUCAUCAGGGAGGCAUUUCAGUGUCCAGAACAGAUCCGUCUGGACUAACAACCCUCUGAGGAACGUGAAGGCCCAUUCCGGGUCACCUCCAGGGAUAAAAUCCGGGACCGUCAGCAGACAUCUGGGUCCAACCUCCAGGACUUUAACCCAGCCCAGUUCAAUCUAAGCCUCAUGAGCAUGCUCAGAGAAAAGCCCUCCUCCACCUGUGUCAUAGUGUAGGACCAGGAUUGUCAAUCCUGGUCCUUC